AUGGAGCAUCAAAGACGAGUCAAAUCUCGCGAUGAAAUCCACACUCCCCGGCUCAUCCUCCGAGCACCGCACAUCUCCGACGUGCCUGCUCUGCACACACUCCGCAUCCAGCACGAAGUCAUGAAGUAUUCUGCAAAGGGCGCAGACAAGACCCUCGAGGACACGCGCAGGAGCCUAGAUGUCUUGCUGCCUCCCAACGACAGCAAGACAUACUACUUCCUCAUAUUCCAGAGAGACACGGGGGAUUUGAUCGGCAAGGGCGGCUUACACAGCAUCCCAGGACGGAAUUUGGGGUGGCCAGAGAUUGGUUAUUCCUUCAGACAGGAGACGUGGGGAAAAGGAUAUGGAACAGAAUUUCUGACUGCCUUUGUCGAGAAAUGGUGGAGUUUGCCUCGCAGAGAGGCCGAGAUUGAGGUCGAUACGGCAGGGCUGGAUGCCCAAUCGUUGGAGAGUGAGGAGCCAUCCGCUGCAGUGGAGAGGCUCGUUGCCGUGAUAGACGUAAACAAUGUUGGAAGCAGGAGAAUUCUGGAAAAGGCAGGUUUCAAGGCGUUCAAGGAGUGGACAGGUCCAGAUCCCCGCGAGGCUUACAAGGGCCAGCAAGCCACCAUGGCUGCGUUUGCAAUCUUGGCGCCAGAGCAGGCGACGAGGAACUGA